AUGAACAUUCUUUCUUUCAUGAUAUAUUUAUACGGUAAAUAUACAACCAUAAUUCUUCUUUAUAAUAUCUUUUUUUUUAUUAGAGAUACAGUCUGUACAUAUCUAUCUAUCUAUCUAUCUAGGUCUGUACAUAUCUAUCUAUCUAUCUAUCUAUCUAGGUCUGUACAUAUCUAUCUAUCUAUCUAUCUAGGUCUGUACAUAUCUAUCUAUCUAUCUAUCUAUCUAGGUCUGUACAUAUCUAUCUAUCUAUCUAGGUCUGUCUGUACAUAUCAUCUAUCUAUCUAUCUAUCUAUCUAUCUAUCUAUAUCUAUCUAUCUAGGUCUGUACAUAUUGGUCUAUCUAUCUAUCUAUCUAUCUAGGUCUGUACAUAUCUAUCUAUCUAUCUAUCUAUCUAUCUAUCUAUCUAGGUCUGUACAUAUCUAUCUAUCUAUCUCAAUCUGUACAUAUCUAUCUAUCUAUCUAUCUAUCUCAGUCUGUACAUAUCUAUCUAUCUAUCUAUCUAUCUAUCUCAGUCUGUACAUAUCUAUCUAUUCAUUAAAGUGCUUCUAUUUCUUGUUAUAA